GUCGACCACGACGCAGGGCCAUACAGAACUUCGGAAUUAACUCUGUUGUGCUUCUGCUGCAAUCACAUCGUCACGCCUGUAUACCAUCUUCAUUCUUUCACUCUUUGCACCCUGAUGAUUUCAUGACUUACGACCUGACACAUACAUAUACCAGACGACGCAGAAAUGCACCACCGCCAACGAUUGGACUCUCCCCCUCCACCUUCACAUUUCCGUAGACCGUGGUCUCCUCAGGAGCUUGAAUCAUACAGCAGGAGUACAGCGCAGCGCUUGCGGCGUCAACCUUCAGACGCUAAUGCAUCUCUUGAGGUUCUUGACCUUGCAGACUAUAGCGGAAUGCUCUCAAGAUACCCCGACACUAGGCAUAAUAUUUAUGCCGCCAACGAUGCGACUUAUUAUCCAGAAUACCCAGCAACUCCACCGAGGACGCUCUCUCUUGCAAAUCGAGGAUCACUUCCCGCUGCUAGUACUAACCCGCCAUCCCUUGUUUCGGGCGUAACCUCGACGUCACAUACGCAUUCUCCUCGAUUACACACCCCUCCGCCUUUACAUCGACCGUUUUCCCUUCCCCCUACUCAGUUCUCACGGUCCCCUCCUGCGAGUAAUUCUGGUCGUUCCCACAAUUAUCCUUGGCUUGUAGAACCUCAAGUUUCCAAUGAGCAUGACGAAGAGAUAGACACGUCUGCAUUUCCAGAUUGGUCACGGAAUUGGUACAGGAACCAGAAGUCCACAAACGCGAUGGCUGAUCCUUACGCUCCUAUCCCUACUUUUGAUCCCGCACUUCUACCUUCUGUACGCGACAGCCUCGAUGGUUAUUAUCCGGCACAGCCCUACGCAUCGUCCAGCGGCUCCCAUCGCAACCUUCUCCCUUGGUCCCCUCAGGACGACGGAGGUACGGGCGCGCGCGUCACUCCUGAAAUGAAGGAGGAACGGAUGCGGAUGCUUGAACGUGAAUUUGGUCGAACUGGUGCAAAACAAGGGGAAUGGUACCGUGGGACGAAAGUGAUUGGCAGUGUCAAUGAGAAGGGGAACAUUAUAACCCCUGGUCCGAAGAAACGUAUUAUUGUGAGAUGGGCUCAAGGGACCUUCGCGCUGGGUGCUUCCAUUGCCUCGUUAUAUUCUGCCCUUAUAUUGAAACCCGUCGGAAGCCCACCGCCAAGGGGCACAGUCCCUGCAUAUCUGCUCUACUUCCUUUGCGUCGUCAGCGUCAUUCUCCUGCUGUAUAUGUUCGUGUUCCGUCCGUGUUGCUGCUCGGGAAAACGUGCUCGGAAGGCGCAACAGGAAGGACCAGGAGGAAUGAUGGUUCUACCUGUCCAGCAGCUGCCCGGAGCGCCAGGUAAGAAAAAGAAAAAGAAGAAAGGCAAGAAGAAAGGGGAAGACAAUGACGCUGGUAGUGUUUCUGUGAACCUUAUUGUCGAUCCGACUAUGUUCGGGAACUUCGGGCGUCGUGACGAAGAGAAAGAGGAUAACGAUGAGACUGGCGAGGCUUCAGAGGGACCAGGAGGGAGGCGACGUGGAUUAUUCGAGGGGCUUGCGAUGGAACAACAAUGGAUCGAGGCGCGGAAGAAUCUGAAGCGCCUGCUUUUCUUUGAUAUCGCCCUUACAUUCAUCUGGGGAGCCGAACUUAUUGUCAUUCUUCUCGGGAAGCGCUGUCCUGUUGGGCAAUUUGAGGGCUGGUGCGACGGAUACAAUGUCGCGACUGCUCUAGCUGCAUUUCUGGCUGUUUCAUUUGGGUUCAGUGGUUUCUUUGACAUUAAGGACCUGCAUCUGAGCAAGGCAUCUCCACGGACGCGGACAUGAUUUUUUGUUCUCGAGUUUCUCCAUUUAUUAUGAUUUAAUCUGAUGCAUAUAUUUUAUCUGUAAUGCUGUGUUGUUCCAGAUGGACAGACUUGCUCUCAUUCUCAUGACUUACGAUAUUUGAUGACCUGUAUCUCUCUUUCCGUUACCUGCAUGAUUUGAGUUUUUCUUUUGCAUGUUCUUUGUCAAUCCACUUCUUGCGCAUCAUGACAUUACCGAAAUGUGUACAAGACAGUGAUCGAAUCUAUACUUAAUCUAAGGCACCUUUUAAGAAUAUUGUAGCAAAUAUAAGG